AUGUGCAACACCAGCUGCUCCGCUGUCUGCCACCCAGGCUGCUGUGUGCCCAGCCCCUGCCAGGUGGCCUGCUGUGUGCCUGUGUGCUGCAAGCCCGCCGUGUGUGUGCCCGUGUGUUGCAAGCCCGCUCCCACCGUGUGCGUGCCCGUGUGCUGCAAGCCCGCCGUGUGUGUGCCCGUGUGCUGCAAGCCCGCCGUGUGCGUGGCCCCCUCCUGCCAGUCCUCCUGCUGCUGCCAGCCCUCCUCCGCCGCCCUCCUCUGCAGACCUGUCCCCUGUGGCCCUCCCUGCUGCUGA